GAAAAGAAGCGGAGAGAAAACACGAUGGGCAGAGAGAAGCAAACAUCCAUAAUGGCCAAUGAAAGUCUCCUUAAAUCCAGAACAGCUGCUUCAGUGUUAGCAGAGAACCUGCAACUGGAUGUGAAUACCAUUGGCAGAGUAAUUAGUUUACUCGAUAGUGACAACACAGUACCAUUCAUAGCUCGAUAUCGCAAAGAAGAAACAGGAGGACUGGAUCCUACAAUACUGAGGCAAAUAAAAGCGCAGUAUGAACUGUCUAAAUCCAUCAGGGAGCAUGCUAAGUCAGUUAUGAAGAAGAUCGGUAACAAACUUACACCAGACAUCAAGAGGUCUCUUGACAAUGCUGUUACCAUGGAAGAAGUGGAUGAAGUGUAUGCACCAUAUAAGCAAAGUCAGAAGGGAACACAUGCUGAGAGAUCACGUCAGCUGGGCCUUGGUGAACCUGCUGAGCUCUUGCUGAAGAAUCCUGAGGCUGUUCGGCUUGAAAAACUAGUUAAACCAAGUGUAAAAGGAAUCAGAACUGUGAGUGAGGUAUCCCUUGGCCUUCAGUAUAUUUUAGCAGAUGUCAUUGCCAAAGACAGUGCAACUUUAAACUCCAUUAACGCAUUGUUGGAGAAUAACCCAGUUCGUGUGGAAGCAUCCUUGCGUCGUUCAGGCAAAAAUAGAGAAAAAUACAAAAAGUUCGAUGGUUUUCGUAAGGCAGCGACUUCACUUAAGGCUCAUCAAGUGCUCGCUUUAAAUAGAGGAGAACAGAACAAGAUUCUCAACGUUAAACGUGAGAUUCCCAAAAAUGUCGAGUCAGAAUUUCGUACUGCUCUUCUGGAAAAGUGGAUGCCCUCCAAUGCAUCUGCGCAGAUAAAGAAAUUAUCCAAAAGUGCGGUGCUUGAUGCUUACAAAAGACUCAUCCAACCAAAGAUCAUCAGGCAAACCAGAGUAUCAUUAACAAAACGGGCUGAAAAGGAGAGUGUCGAUAUAUUUGUGAUGAACUUGUAUCGUCUCCUCCUUACCCCACCAUUGAAAGGAAAGAAUGUUAUAAGUCUAGACCCAGGCUUCUCCCAUGGAUGCAAGUUAGCGGUUCUUGGUUCUACAGGCGAGGUUUUAGGGACAGGUGUGAUCUUUCUUUUUGGGGAGAACAAAAACCAAGCGCAAGCAAAGGAAACUGUGAUAGACCUUGUUCUAAAGCACGGUUGUGACUAUAUAGCCAUUGGGAAUGGCGUUGGAUGCCGAGAAACUGAAAAGUUUAUUAGUAAACUCAUCGAAAAAGGAGCAUUUGCACCUCGUGACGUUGCUUACUGUAUCGUCAGCGAAGAUGGAGCCUCUAUUUACAGUGCGUCUCCCGAGGCAGAGGCCGAGCUGCCAAGCCUCGAUAUAACCCUGAGGGGUGCUGUUUCAAUUGGGCGGAGACUGCAAGAUCCUCUCGCAGAAUUAAUAAAGAUUGAGCCCAAGCAUCUGGGUAUUGGAAUGUAUCAGCAUGACAUCCCCGAGAAGUUGUUACGAGAGGCCUUGGACGGAGUGAUAGAGGACUGUGUCAGCUUUGUAGGAGUUGACUUGAACGUGGCAGGAGUCUCCAUGUUAAGGCGCAUAGCUGGUUUAAAUGAAAAGAAAGCGAAGGCUAUUUUGGCAUGGCGCGAGGAGAAUGGUGCCUUCGUAAACCGUGAGCAGUUGAAGGAAGUGAAAGGAAUUGGAGCCAAAACGUACGAGCAAUGUGUAGGCUUUGUCAGGAUAAUGAAUACUCCACCACCCCAGCGCAACUCUACGAAAACAUCCGCCAUUGGUCAAGAAACGGUUAUUACAAGUCCUGACGGAGGAGAGAAGACGAAGAUCGGUGGUAAGAAGAGGAAGCGUGAAAGCAGCGAAGAACAAGGAUUGAGGAAGAAACGGAUGAAAACUAUUGUGAGUCAAAACUUUCAUCCCGAGCCGUUGGAUAUGACCUGGAUUCACCCUGAAUCUUAUCCAGUGGCGAGAAGCGUUAUGAAGAUGUUGGGUAUUCUACCAGAGCAGAUUGGUAAACCGGAAGUUAAAACAGCGAUUGACAAAUUUCUGCAAACUCACAAAAUUGAUAAAUUGGCGGCCAAGAACAACGUGGGUAUUGCAACAUUGCAGCAUAUUUUGGAUGGUCUCAGACAGCCAACAGAUCACGACAUAAGAGUCAAUUUCCAGAAACCUUUGUUCAAAAAGAACAUCACCUCACUGAAAGACAUUCAGCCGGGCUCUCAGCUUCGCGGUCGCGUCACGAAUAUGAUUUCAUUCGGUGCAUUCGUAGACUGUGGUGUUGGCCACGAUGGUUUGCUACACAAGAACGACAUGGGACAGUAUGAAGGAAAAGUUGGCCUUGGAGAUAUAGUUGAAGUCACUGUUGAAAGUGUUGAUAAAAUAAAACAAGAAAUUCGUCUGGUUCUAAAGGAAAUUUCCUCGAGUUUCAAUCCAGAGUUGCUCGUUUCAAUGGGAAAUUUAUCUUAGGGUUACAUGCUUUGCGGAUUUUCUUUAUAACAUUUUUAGUGACAAACAUAUUAACAUGUUUUGUUUAUGCUUCUUUGUAAGUGCGGUGCUUUCAAUGUACAAUCACUAUCGGUCUUACAUUUAACUUAGAUGAAC